AUGUCUAUAUCUAUUCAGAAUAGGACGAUAGAGUUUCAACAAUGUGUGAAUAAUUAUGAAAAAAUAAAUAGAAAACAAAAUAAAAUAAAAGCCCAGCCACCAGGACAACCACCAAAAAAGUCACAAUUUAGUCAACAAGCUAGUAUCAUAGCAAAAGAUAUAUCAAAUGUAACUGAACUAUUAGGAAAAUUAGCUAUAUUGGCUAAAAGAAAACCAUUAUUUGAUGAUAAACCAAUUGAAAUUGGCGAAUUAACAUAUGUUAUAAAACAAGAAAUUUUCAAAAUUGAAACAAAUAUACAAAAUUUACAAAAAUAUAUGAAAGGUGAACAAUCAAUAACGAUAGAUUCUCAAACUACUCAAUUUAGUAAAAAUGUACUUACGUUACUUAAUUCAAAAAUGAAAAAUAUAUCAGGAGAAUUUAAAACAGUUUUAGAAGUUAGACAAAAAAAUGAAAUAAUGAAUAAAAAUAGACAAGAUAAUUUUCUUUCAUCAGUAUCAAAUAAUAGAAUUCUAAAUAGUUCAUCACCAUUACAUAUAGAUCAUAAUAAUUCAAAUGGUACAGAUAAAUCACUAAGUAAUUUAAAUGAAAAUCCAUUUCUAAUGCAACUGCUGCAACAAUCACAACCUAAAAAAAAUCCAGAUGAUGAUCCAGAAAUAUAUUCACCAUAUGAUAAUGGACAAUAUUUAUCAUUACCAAAUCAACAACAACAACAAAUGCUAUUAAUGGAAGAACUAAAUAGUGGACAACAAUAUUUACAACUGAGAAAUAGAGCAGUUGAAAGUAUAGAAAGUACAAUAAAUGAAGUUGGUAAUUUAUUCCAACAAUUAGCAACAAUGGUAAGUGAACAAGGAGAACAAAUUCAAAGAAUUGACGCAAAUGUUGAAGAUAUAAAUUUAAAUAUAACGGGAGCUCAAAGAGAAUUAUUAAAAUAUUAUGCACAUAUAACAAGUAAUAGAUGGUUAUUUUUGAAAAUAUUUGGAGUAUUGAUAGUAUUCUUUUUCUUAUGGGUUUUGGUAAGUUAG